AUGGACCGGCGCGCGGCCUUGAUGAAGGAUUGCGCGGCUUUUUUGGGGCCAUACCCCUUCAAUAACAUUACUGGAGACAUCAUCUGGCAAAGCUUCGAUCACCCUGGCAACACUUGGUUACCGGGAAUGAAAAUCGGUGUGGACCUUGUAACGGGGAUACAGCGUAACCUGACAUCAUGGAAGGAUAGUCAUGAUCCUUUACCAGGUUCUUAUACAGUUUCCAUGGACAUAAAUGGAUAUCCGCAGUUAUAUAUCAAUAAUAUGAACGGUGAAAAAAGUUUGCAACAAAGAGUUGGAUCUGCAAAUGGUUUGGGGUUUACUGGGAUGCAUGGACACAAGAAGAAAUCACAUCUUAUAGUGACCUUGCCAAUUGCAUUUGUGGUAGUUCUGAUCACCUUUGCAUUCAUACUAUAUGCCUGGAGAAAGAAGAAGAAAUCACAUGAUCAAAAAGGUGAAGCUUUCAUAAACGAUGAUGGGAACCAAGAUUUGGAGCUGCCAAUAUUUAGCUUGGAUAAGAUAGCUAAGGCGACGGGUAACUUUUCAAUCAACAAUAAGCUUGGGGAAGGAGGUUUUAGUGAAGUUUACAAGGGUGUGCUUGAAGAGGGAGGAGAAAUCGCUGUGAAGAGGCUCUCAAAGACAUCAAGGCAAGGACUUGUGGAGUUCAAGAACGAAGCCAUGUGUAUUGCAAAGCUUCAGCAUCGUAACCUUGUUAAACUUGUGGGAUAUUGUGCUCAAGGAGAUGAAAUGAUGUUGAUUUAUGAAUACAUGCCCAACAAAAGCUUGGACUUUUUCUUAUUUGAUGAAAACAAUUCCUUGUUACUUGACUGGCCUCAUUGCUACCACAUCAUAAACGGGGUUGCUCGAGGAUUUCUUUACCUCCAUCAAGAUUCCAGCUUUAGAAUAAUCCAUAGAGAUCUAAAAGCAAGCAAUAUUUUGCUCGAUUACAACAUGAACCCGAAAAUAUCAGACUUUGGCUUGGCUAGAAUGUUCAAAGAAUAUGAGAUUGAAGCCAAUACAAGCAAAGUCGUUGGUACAUUGGGUUACAUCUCUCCCGAGUAUGCAACAAAUGGGAAACUCUCAGAAAAAUCAGACGUGUUUAGCUUCGGUGUUUUGGUGCUAGAGAUUGUGAGUGGGAAGAAAAACAGAGGAUUCACUCAUCAAGGUCACAAGGAUAACCUUCUUAGGCAUGCUUGGAGACUCUACAAGGAAGACAAGCCCUUGGCACUCGUUGAUGCGGCCUUAGGGGACUCGUGGACUGCAUCUGAAGUGCUUCAGGCAAUACAUGUUGGUUUAUCAUGUGUACAACACCAUGCAGAUGAUAGACCAAAUAUGUCUUCUGUGGUUCACAUGUUAGGUGGUGAGGGUGCACUGCCUGUGCCCAACCAACCUGGCUAUUAUGCAGAAGUGCCUAAGCAUGAAGUCGAGUCAUCCUCAAGCAUGACACAACCUUUGGGUUCAGUUAAUGAAUUCACAGUUUCUCAAGUAGAUGCUCGAUAAUUUCAUAGAAGUCCAUUUCUCAGUGAGUGGUAUUCGAAAAAUCUGGAUUCUACUUGAAUUAAGUUUCUGUCGACGAAGUACGGAUGGUAUUGUUAGAUUAUCAUUU